CAGAAAAGAAGGAAAUCGCUGCAAACGGUAAAGAUGGCUCUGAAACUGCUGGUUGGCCAAAAGAUUAUGAAUGAAGUCGUCCGCAGCAAGUCAAAAGCGGACGGCAAACCUGGAACGGAAUGGAGAAUCUUGAUCGUCGACAAGCUGGCCAUGCGUAUGGUUUCGGCAUGCACAAAGAUGCACGAAAUCAGCGCCGAAGGAGUCACCUUGGUGGAAGACAUCAACAAGAAGCGAGAACCGCUUCCAGCGAUUGAAGCCGUCUAUCUCAUAACGCCUUCAGAGGACUCGAUUCGCCUCCUGAUGCGGGACUUUGAGAAUCCUGCAAAGCCUACGUACAAAGCGGCCCACGUGUUCUUCAGCGAAGUCUGUCCGGAGGAGCUGUUCAACGAUAUCUGUAAAUCGGUAGUAUCCAGAAAGAUCAAAACGUUGAAGGAAAUCAACAUUGCUUUUCUGCCGUACGAGUCGCAGGUGUACUCACUCGACUCGCCCGUCACUUUCCAAUGUGCUUACUCUCCGGCACUUGCAUCCGCUCGCAGUGGCAAUAUGGAACGCAUCGCUGAACAGAUUGCCACCCUCUGCGCUACCCUGGGCGAAUAUCCGUCCGUUCGUUAUCGAAGUGAAUGGGACGGCAACGUCGAACUGGCCCAAAUGGUGCAGCAGAAGUUGGACGCAUACAAAGCCGACGAACCGACGAUGGGCGAAGGCCCAGAAAAAGCUCGUUCCCAGCUGCUUAUCCUGGAUCGUGGUUUCGAUUGCGUAUCACCGUUGCUGCACGAGUUGACGCUGCAAGCGAUGGCGUACGAUCUACUGCCGAUCGUCAACGACGUGUACAAGUUCAUUCCAUCACCGAAUGCGGCCGAGAAGGAGGUCCUGCUGGACGAGAACGACGAUCUGUGGGUCGAUUUGAGACACCAACACAUUGCCGUGGUGUCUCAAAGCGUGACACAGUAUUUGAAAUCCUUCACCGAAUCGAAACGCCUGACACAGAGCGAGAAGCAAUCGAUGAAGGACCUCUCGCAGAUGAUCAAAAAGAUGCCUCAGUAUCAGAAGCAGCUCUCCAAGUACUCCACCCAUCUGCAUUUGGCCGAGGACUGUAUGAAGUCGUACCAGGGAUACGUCGAUAAACUUUGCCGCGUCGAACAAGACCUUGCCAUGGGCACCGACGCAGAAGGUGAGAAAAUCAAGGAUCACAUGCGUAACAUCGUGCCGAUUCUGCUCGAUCAGAACGUCUCGAACUACGACAAGGUGCGCAUUAUCGCACUCUACGUGAUGAUCAAGAACGGCAUCUCGGAAGAGAACUUGACGAAGCUGGUUACGCACGCGCAAAUCGACCAGAAGGAGCGGGAAAUGAUCAACAAUUUGACCCAUCUUGGUAUCAACGUUAUUGCGGAUGGUAACCGCAAAAAGCCGUACACCGUGCCAAGGAAGGAACGCAUCAACGAACACACCUACCAAAUGUCACGCUGGACACCGGUCAUCAAGGAUAUUAUGGAAGACUCGAUCGACAACAAGCUAGACGAGCGUCAUUUCCCCUUCCUCGGAGGCAGAAAGAUGGCAGGUUUCCACGCACCGACUAGCGCCCGUUACGGACACUGGCACAAGGAUAAGUCGCAGACGGCUGUCAAGAACGUGCCACGAUUGAUCGUGUUUGUCGUCGGUGGGUGCAGCUACUCGGAGAUUCGCUGCGCCUACGAGGUCACCUCGGCCGUCAAAAACUGGGAGGUGUACAUCGGUUCGUCCCACAUCCUCACACCGGAAACCUUCCUUAGCGAUCUCGGUUCACUCAACAAGGAGUAAGAUGUGUCGGUGCGCGCUUUGUGCACAUUGUUCAUUCGUUUUCCGUGUGAUUCUCAGACCGCUUUCGCCUUGUGAAGCAAAACCGAAGAUAACGGUGACAAAUAAGUUCGUAAUCAAUUUAUUGUCUCUUAAGAAUAUAAGAAAAGAUGGCAGAGAAUCGAACAAAUGUCUCCAUUCCGUAAUCCGGCGGGUGGUAUACUGUAAGAAUGAUCAUCUUUCUUUUUUGUUCCGCGGAUUGUCACGGAUGGUGCCGCACGAGCGGUUUAGGUGCCAUACAGCAUGGGCACCAUUUAAGAUUUGAUAAAACACCUAAAGAGGGACUAAGUGAAAUGAAACCCAAUUUGCAACACAAAGCCAAAUGCGAUCCGGUCUGAGGAAUGCUAAAACAAAACAACAGUAGUGUGCAUUAGUCCGGAAUGGUUGGAUCCGUUUUUCCGGUUGACAUUAUUCGUUCCAUUAGCCAAUUCAUCGGUACAUUCCUUUGCAAAGGAGAAUGAUUGUGAUUCACGUGUUUUUUUUUUACAUUUGAAGCGCCUAUUUAGCACGGGUGCGUAUUGUUGCAAUUCGUAGAACGUUAAUUACCAACAAGAACUGUUUGCCUUGCGUAUUCUAAUCCGCAUUGAUUCUCAAUUUGUUCUUUAUGUAUGUAAAUUUAUAUAAAUAUAUUGUUAUGCGUGUGAGAAAUGUUUUGAUUUUUUAAACUAUCAUUUUAGCUUUUGUUAUAACUUUUGUGCAGUGUACUUUGUUCAGGCUACGUACAGCAAGUAUUGCUAUUGAAAAUUACAAUGCUUGAUUAAAUACAGAUUACGUACACGCGUUGUAGUUCAGUGCAUACACCGUUUUUUUACUAGAAGUAUUAAAAGGAGUGGGAAAAAUAUACAUCAAAAGCAAUGUAGUGAAACAACAUGACGUGGAAAUAAUAUAAACGAGGGCGAAUACAGCGAGUUAUGCUAGAAGUUUGCACUACUGUUUUGGGAAGCAUUAAAUGAUUUAAACAGAGUCACAUUAGCAUAAAUAUACACAAGAAAAGUCAC